GAAUCGAAGAGGAAGAACAGAGAUUAGAACUUAAGAACAAUUCUAGGGUUAGGGGACUGUGACCAGAAUUUUGAACUAGGGAAACCAUCAUUCUUUGAAUGGAGAGAAACGGAGACGGAGAUGAAGAGAACUUGCAGAGAGCUCCUACAAGGGUUAGGUCAAGACCAGACCCUUUCUUGAUCGUCUGCAAAUGUUUCAGCGUCGUGGUUGCCUUAACGGCCUUUCUCUGUAUUGCUGUUAAUAUUCUCUCUGCCGUCAGAUCUUUCAAGAAUGGAUCCGAUGUUUUCGAUGGGAUUUUCCGCUGCUAUACUGUUGUUAUUGCGUUUUUUGUCGUUCUCGCAGAAACCGAAUGGGGAUUCAUUAUCAAGUUCUCGAAAAUAUUGGAGUAUUGGGCUGGUAGAGGCAUGCUGCAAAUCUUUGUAGCUGUCAUGACAAGAGCUUUCCCUGAUACUAGUGGAAAGCGGAAAGAUCUAGUGCUGCUUCAAAAUAUAGCAAGCUAUCUGCUCCUUGCAUGUGGUGUGGUCUAUUUUAUUUCGGGUAUCCUUUGCAUUGGUUUUCUUAAACGUGCUCGCCAGAACAAAGAAGUUUCAAGAGAGCAAGCAGCUAAAGAUCUGGAGGAAUUGGAGCGGCGAAGAGAGGAGCUUGAAGCAUUGCUGGUCCAGGAAAGGGUUUGAGACAACUUAUAUGCUAGAGGCAGCCAAUGAGUCCUGUAGACCCUGUAUGAGUACCAUUGUUGUAUGAUUGCUGAUGUUUCUUUUGACUGAUUUCUCAUCAACUUACGUUCGUUCUUUUGGAGAAUUUGGAAACCUUGUAGGAG